UACUCGAUCUCCUUCACCGCCUACUUCCAUGCUUCUCCCGCUCAAGGAUAGUAGAAAUGCUGUAAUUCAGACUAGCCUGAAAAUAUCAUCCACCUUGCUUAGACGUAUCGAAAUAUUUGAGGAAAACGAUAACCAAAUCAUACUCAGCAGUCGACAAGUCAAUUUACUGCAUGCGAAUGUUCUCAUCCGCCGCUCAUUUGCUUACCCUAAUCCCUUGUUUAUUGUCAAAUCGGAAUCUGCGCUCUGA